CUCUGUAUACGUAUGUAGCGGCGUAGUCAGCUGCCGGCCUGCACAUGUUCCAGUGACAAUAGCUACUUUUUGAUUUAUGUACGGCCUGAAACCGGAAUAAAAUUAUUACUUCCUGAAGUCAUCUGAACGAAACACAAUCGAAGAAACAUCAGUCCUGUUUAGAAUUCUCAAUCUUCAAUUGUACAGUAUUUCUACUUGAAGUACAAAAUGUCUCCAGGAAAACAUUCCAGACAGAGUAAUAGUGAUCGCAAACAGUGCUCAACCAAUUACUACGGAGAUCGUUUACUUCUCAAGAGAGUACAGGAGUAUGUUGACUCCGAAUCAAAGAAUGGCUAUGUGGAUGUAGACGCCAUGGUGGAAGAUCUUCAGCAUAUUUACAAAGAGUAUGGCAGAAAGAAAAGAAUAGUCUUUAAGAAAGCUGCUGAAAAAGCUUACAAUUGCAUUGAAUCCAGGCAGUCCAGAUCUGAUCAUAAUCUGGAUGAAUUUGAGGCAAGGCAUCUGUCAAAACGACGUAAACAAGAGGACGACGCUGAGGAAGACUCAAACAGUGAUAGUUUCUCAUCUGAUAAUCCAGAUUACGUUCAGGUUCAGGAUUCCAACCUAGUCAACAGUUCCUUGAGCAACCUUUACAUGAAGAGAACCCCCACCAGCACCCCCAAAAGCCGGAGUGCUGCAUCCACGCCCCUUGCCACUCCCCUUGUCACACCCCACGCCACACCCAGGCCUUCAGACAGGGAAGAUGAUGAUCGAGACAGCAUGGAGAUGGGUACUGUGACCCUUGACCUUGCAGGGUUCAGUGACCUGAUGGAGGAUGAGGGGAAGCAGAUAUCCAGGAAGCCAAAGCUAUUGAUGCCAAAUGUCAAAAAGAAGGAGGAACCUGUAUCAGAUAAGUCAUCUCAAAACAGUAGUUUUUAUAUAUCUAAAACACCGAGCAAGAUAGACAGUAAAGAUGUCAAGACACCUAGUCGAAAAUCAUCUACCAAAGGUGAAGACGGGACGGAGGCCAGCACCAAAAAGAAACCUCGAUCCUCAGAAUCUGAAGGACCCAGUAGGAAAGGAAAGAAAAAAGUUAUUGAACCUCAGCGAUCCACAAGCACCUUUGCUGAUAUUGGAGGAAAUGAUAGCACCUUAGAGGAGGUAUGUAAGCUUCUGGUCCACAUGAGGCAUCCUGAAGUCUACCAACAACUGGGAGUGUCUCCACCCAGAGGGGUGUUAUUACAUGGACCACCAGGGUGUGGCAAGACCCUCCUAGCUAAUGCUAUCGCUGGGGAGUUGGACCUUCCGUACCUGAAGCUUGCAGCUACAGAGAUAGUGUCUGGCGUAUCAGGAGAGUCGGAAGAGAACAUCAGAGAUCUCUUUGAACAAGCACAGGCAUUAGCUCCUAGUGUGUUAUUCAUAGAUGAGAUAGAUGCUAUCACUCCCAAACGAGAGACUGCUCAACGUGAGAUGGAGAGGAGAAUAGUUGCUCAGCUGUUAGCCUGUAUGGACGAACUGAAUAAUGGAACUUCACACGUGAUGGUGAUUGGUGCGACAAACAGAGUAGAUUCUUUAGACCCCGCCCUGAGGAGAGCUGGAAGGUUUGAUCGGGAGAUCUCAUUGGGUAUACCAGAUGAGAAAGCAAGGACAAGGAUCUUACAUGUGCUUUGUCGUAAGCUGCGUCUGUCUGAUGACUUCAGUUACCACACCCUGGCAGCUUUGACCCCUGGCUAUGUUGGCGCUGACCUGACAGCAUUAUGCAGGGAAGCAGCUAUGGCUGCUGUUAAUAGGGUAUUCACCUACCUCCAAAACACAGGAAAACCAAUAUCAGAUACAACUCUCGGGACAUCACUGCAUCCUAAUGGAACUGCAUCAGCCUCUGACCAACCACGGCUACAACACACAGCAGUAUCGUCACAACAUGUCACUGCCACAUUACAAGGACAGGCAACUUCAGCAACAGAGGAGAUGGACACAGGGUCAGUCAAUGAGUUGGUUAGCGAGUCUACAAGAAGUGAUUCAGAUUUGAAGGAAUCAGAGAGUUACAAAAUGGUUCUAAGUUGGUUAAAGGAACAUCCUCCUCUUUCUGAAAGCCAGUUAGAAGGUCUCUACAUCACUAUGGAAGAUUUCAAGGUAGCGUUACCCAAUGUCCAACCAUCGGCUAAACGAGAAGGUUUUGCUACCAUACCUGAUGUGACGUGGGAUGAUGUCGGAGCUCUAGAAGGGGUCAGGGAGGAACUCACAAUGGCUAUCCUGGCCCCAGUACGUAACCCAGAAGCCUACCACGCCCUUGGCCUCACAAACCCUCCUGGUAUUCUCUUAGCUGGACCACCAGGGUGUGGAAAGACACUCCUUGCUAAAGCUAUAGCCAAUGAAUCAGGAAUCAACUUUAUUUCAGUCAAAGGUCCAGAAUUGAUGAAUAUGUAUGUAGGAGAGAGUGAGAGAGCAGUUCGCCAAUGCUUCCAGAGAGCAAGGAAUUCCUCACCAUGUGUUAUAUUCUUUGAUGAACUGGAUGCAUUGUGUCCAAGAAGAUCAGAUGUUUCUGAUUCUGGAUCAAGUGCCAGGGUUGUCAAUCAGUUGUUGACCGAGAUGGAUGGCUUAGAAGCUCGGAAGCAAGUUUUUAUCAUGGGGGCAACCAAUAGACCAGACAUUAUUGAUCCGGCAGUACUACGUCCAGGAAGAAUGGAUAAGAUCCUAUAUGUAGGAAUUCCUUCAAAUCAAGAUAGGAAAGCAAUACUCAGAACCAUCACAAAGAAUGGUUGCAAACCCAUUUUGGAGAAAGAAGUAAACUUGAACGAUCUUGCAGAAGAUUCAAGAUGUAAUGGAUUCACGGGUGCAGACUUAGCAGCAUUUGUCCGUGAAGCUUCAAUGUCAGCACUGAGAAAGGUCAUUAGGAAUGGUCUAUUAUUAGAGAGGGGUGACCCUGCUGCUUCCUCUCAGAGGGACUCAAAUGUUGUUGUCUGCAGAGAUGACUUUGAGGCAGCUUUCAGGAAAGUGAAACCAUCAGUGUCAAGAAAGGAUCGUAUCUUUUACGAGAGGAUGAGAAGCAGCGUGCUCAGGGAUGCGUCUGCAUGUGACGAGGAUGCUAUGCCAAAGAAACCUGAGGAAAGCAAUGAGGAUCCAAAGACAUGACCAUGAUCAGAAUGUCCCUUGGAAGCCAAUAGCUGGUCUGAUUCGCCCCUUUUGCAACUGAUGUUUUUUAGCACUGUUCAGUGAUUGAUGAUAAGAAUGGCUUAUGGACUUGAAUACAUUAUUGUAUAAGAGCAAAACAGAGGUUAAUGAAAGUAUGGAAAAGAAACCUAUGUGCCUUGACUGCCUGUGGAUUCUUGUGCAGUUUCAUAAAAUGAAACAUAAAAAAAACUCUAUUCUACUCAGGGUGAUGAAGAACUGAUAUGUUGAAUAAAUGGAUUCAAUAUUUAUAAAAGCAAAACACUACAAAAUAUGCUUAACAUCAUGAAUAUGCAAUAAAUGAGCUUAUGAUAUCAAAUUCUCAUCCUUUUUUCUAUAACAUGAAAUCUUAAUUAUUUCAUUUUAUUCUCAGAAGAAAAUAUCUGUUGUAUGAAACAAAGUCCGGCUCAGAUCUUACAAAUUAAAUUAUGAAUCAAUCCUAUUCUUUCAUUAUUGGAGCCGAAAAUUUGAAUUCUUGAAUUAAAUACAAAAGAAAUGUGGAAGAUGACAUCAGCUUGCUCAAUGCAUAUUCAUGAUGACAUGCAUAGAACUAUGUCACCGAAAUAAUGCAAAUAAAAGACAUGCCAAAACAUGCAAUUUUACAUCUAAAUUUGUUGAAAUUUUGAGUGUUUUGCUUGUUUAAUUCUAAUAGUACCCUUUGUAAUCAAAUCAGUUAUUUUCAGUAAAAUGUGAAAUUCAUUUUAUACAAAGUUAAGCUAGGUACCUGGAUUUUCUAUUAUUUGUGGUAUUUUGGUAUGGACUUUUCGAAUGAUUUGAGAUAAAUGUGUGCAAGAUCUUCCAAUCAUGACAUAGAUUUAUAUUGUUCAACUCUUCCUUCUGUUUUAUUCACCCCCUUAUUUUUCUCUCAAGUUUCAAUAUCUUAAUAAUUUUUACCUCAUAUUUUCUACUCAUUGUUUCUAAUGCAAAAUACAUUACAGGAAUGUAGAUAGAAAAGAAUUCAAUUUCUUAACUUUGAGGUACAAACAUUGGUGUUAAUUUUACUUAUAUUUUAUUUAGAAGUCAAACCUGUGUAUAGUGGCCACCGAAGCGAAACGGCAAUGUGGCCCAUGCUAUAGACAGGUUCACGGCCAUCUUGAAUUCACCUUGUAUUGUAGAUACUGUACAAUGUACUGGACAUACAGUAUGUGUUUUUAAACUGGUUUCAAGGGUUUCAUUCUCCUUUAAGGAAUAGCUAUUCAACCACUGUCGGAGUCAAGUUUUGGGGAAGCUUGAUUGUAGUGGCCACUAUAGAGGGUCUGCUAUUGACCAAGGGAUGCAAAAUGAGUGGCCACUGGCCGCAUUAGACUGGCCACUAUAGACAGGGUCCAAAACACAUUAAUUUCAUGUGGGGGAAUUAGAAGUGGCCACUAAGACAGGUUCAACUGUAUGCUCAAGACACUGAAUGUGAGAUUUCCCAUCAUCACCGUGAAUUGCAAUAAUUUGGCCAAUAGGGAUUUUUUUUUUUU